CACACUAGUUACAGGAAAGGCUAGUUCUGUCCAGAAACAAGGCAUUUAUCUGUUAGACGUUCCUCAGCCAUCAGAUCAAAUAUUUACACAGCAUAUGACCAAAGCCUUUUUUCUUUCUUUCUUUCUUUUUUUAUGCGAUCAGUAAAAGUUGCAGCGAGUUUGCUGGAAGUUUUGCUCGUUAGGACAUUCCUCCGAGGAUUGCAAGAGUGGAGGGGGGAGUUUAACCGAGAUUAGUCUCUUUAUGCUUUUUCACGUGAAAGGGCCUUUAUAAUAAAGCGCCAUCUUGAAGGAAACGGUGUUUUGCUUGUUGCUGCUUGGAGGAAAAGGACUGAGUUUGGGUGUUGAGUUCAGUUUGCACAUCCAAACAUGGGAGCCUAUACAUUACCGGAGGGAUUCUCGGACUUUGACAUGUUUGCGUUCGGCUCUGCGCUUCUCGUUGGGGGGUUGCUGGGAUUCUUCCUCAACGGCAUCAGCAUCCUGGCCUUCCUCAGGGUGAAGGAGAUGCGAACUCCCAGCAACUUCCUCGUGUUCAACCUGGCCUUGGCUGACAUCAGCCUGAAUAUGAACGGGCUCACAGCUGCUUACGCCAGCUAUCUCAGGUACUGGCCAUUUGGGCAAGAGGGUUGUAAUUAUCAUGCUUUCCAGGGGAUGAUAUCAGUCCUGGCCUCUAUCAGUUUCAUGGCUGCAAUCGCUUGGGACAGAUAUCACCAGUACUGCACCAGGCAAAAGCUCUUCUGGAGCACGACAGUGACGAUGAGCGGCAUCAUCUGGAUUCUCUCCAUCUUCUGGUCCGCCAUUCCACUCAUGGGGUGGGGUGUCUACGACUUUGAGCCGAUGAGGACGUGCUGCACGCUGGACUACACCAGAGGAGACAGGGACUACAUUACGUACAUGCUUAGCUUGGUGGUACUCUACCUGACAUUCCCAGCCAUCACCAUGUUAUCAUGUUAUGAUUCCAUCUACAAACACUUCAAGAAGAUUCAUAAUCACAGGUUUAACACCGCUUUGCCUCUGAGGGUAAUGCUGAUGUGUUGGGGGCCCUACGUCCUCAUGUGCAUCUAUGCCUGCUUUGAGAAUGUGAAGCUUGUCUCUCCAAAACUGCGAAUGGUGCUUCCGGUUGUCGCAAAAACAAAUCCGUUCUUCAAUGCUCUCCUCUACUCGUUUGGAAAUGAGUUCUACCGAGGCGGCGUCUGGAACUUCCUCACUGGACAGAAGAUUGUCGAGCCAGACAUCAAGAAGUCCAAAUAAAUAAAAGAAAUUAACAUAUUCUGUCAAAAUAAACAUUUAAAACCGUAAUUUCUUAUGAUAGGCUCCCUGUACUAACACACUAAGGUGUUGUAAAGCCAUUGAGAUGGCUGCACGCCUGCUCUUCUCUCCCUUAUUUAGACCAUGGUUGGUUUGCUCCUUUCCCAGCUCAUACUUCUUUUUUUUUUCUUCAGUAAGCAACUUCAAACUCUUUGAUCCACAUUCUCCUCAGUAAAGGAAUGCUGCGGCCUGUCUGCUGUGUGCGUUGUUUUAAAGCUGAUAAACCUGCUGACGUAACUUUUGUUUAAGGAGAGGAGGCCGUUACUGUGCUAAGACUCUUAUGCAAUUACACUGAACCCGAGGUACAGUUGGUCUCAACGCUUUUUUACUCAAACUAUCUGAUUAUUAGCGCAUCUUCACAGACGAAUAAAUUAGUAGAUGUUGUUGAACCUUUGUGUUGUUUUACACUACUUUAAAUCCAAGUAAAUGGUUUUUUUUUUUUAAGGUUUUAAACCAUGCAGAUGGAGACUUUUGAGUCAAUUUAAGCCAAUUUGGUUGAAAGCAAAUAAUAUGGGGAGCACUAGUUUAUAAGAACAAAAUAAAAGAUGAAGCUAAUAAAGGGUUUAAAUACAGAAUAGAAUACCUAGAAAACUAUUUCUGGUUUCACCUAAGUUUUAGCUAUUUUUUAACAUCCAUGGCAUUCGCCGGUCAUGGAUUACUUACGUAGGUCAUUGUCUGUCAGCGGCUCAAUAUACCCGGGCUAUAAAUGACCUGCAACGGACCAAAGUCUUAGUUACACAAACCCCAGUGUUCUGACCUAGAAGUUGGUCGUCAGCAGUUGAAAUCCUCUCAGUCGGUGGCGGUUCGGCCUAUUGGAGGAGAAGUCGUCUGAUGUGCAGCACUAAUGCGGCAUUCAAAGCUCAGCUUGGAGGAAGGUGUUACCUGUCAGGGAAAGUCUUUAUUUCUAUGCUAAUGUUGAGCAUUUUGAAGCAUUUAAUUGGGAUUUCAUGUAAUAGACAUACACCCAUAUAACUGUGUAGUAGAAGGAUACGUGGUUUUCACAGAUAAAUUUCAAGUGAAAAUUUUAAAA